AUGGUAAAGGAAACCGAAUACUAUGAUAUUCUCGGGGUCAAUCCUUCUGCAUCCGAGGAAGAGAUUCGCAAGGCUUACUAUCUUAAGGCAAGGCAAGUUCACCCUGACAAAAACCCAAAUGAUCCUCAGGCAGCUGAAAAAUUUCAGGUAUUAGGAGAAGCAUACCAAGUUUUGAGUGAUCCAGCACAAAGAGACGUUUAUGACCGCAAUGGAAAGAACAGUAUAUCUAAGGAUUCAAUGCUUGAUCCGACUGCAGUUUUCGCUCUUCUUUUCGGAAGCGAACUUUUUGAGGACUAUAUCGGUCAUUUAGCUGUAGCAUCUAUGGCGUCUAAUGAAUUAGCGUGCGAAAAUGAUAAUUCCGAUAAAGUCCAUGACAGGCUCAAGGUAGUUCAAAGGGAGAGAGAAGAAAAACUUGCUAGGAAACUUAAAGAGUUUCUUCACCGUUAUGUCUGUGGGGACAGAGAAGGCUUCUUAAGAAAAGCUGAAUCCGAAGCUGAACGACUUUCCCGGGCAGCUUUUGGUGCUGAAAUCUUGCACACAAUUGGAUACAUAUACACAAGACAGGCAGCACUACAGCUCGGGAAAAAGGUCAUGUAUCUUGGAGUGCCAUUUCUAGCCGAGUGGGUUCGAAAUAAAGGGCAUUUUUGGAAAUCACAACUCACUGCAGCAAAAGGUGCUUUUCAGCUGCUCCAGCUUCAGGACGAUGUUAAACGUCAGUUCAAGAUGGACGGUGGUGGAUCGGAAAAUGAAUUCGAGUCUCAUCUAAGGCUAAACAAGGACACACUAAUGAACUCACUUUGGAAAUUGAAUGUGGUUGAUAUUGAAGUUACUCUACUACAUGUCUGCCAAAUGGUUCUACAAGAAAGCUAUGUUAGGAAGGAAGAACUAAAAAAACGCGCAGUGGCCUUGAAAAUCUUGGGAAACAUCUUUCAGAAUCAGAAAAACACUCACAAUGUUGGGACAUCAAAAAGGGCCGAUGCAGACGAUAGCAGUUCAGAAAGUUCUGUAGAAGAAGAUGACUCGCCAAGAUCCCUAAACUACAAAACUCCGUUACUUACACAGGGCAUCGGGAGACUCUUCAGGUGCCUCUGUAACCCGGCAUUCGAUGUUGACGAUGAGGAGAUUGUGUACAGAGGACGAUGA